UUUGUUUCCCACCGGUCCGGUCGUCCAGUUCGUAUUUAAAGCCAAAGGCUUAAAAAAAAACUCCAGCACAACUUCCUGCAGCAUGGGCGGACCUGCGACCAGGCCAACACCUUCGUUGUUGGGCCGCGCUGCCCAUAAUUGCUUGGUGUUGUGGCAAACAAGGCUCCACUUCUUCCUUGCUACUUCCUUCCUGGUUUGUUCACACGUCGAAGAUCAUCUCCUCACGCGAUCGUAUGCCACGAAAAUCCGGAAAGUUUCGGCCAAAUCCUCGUCCUGGGGGCGGCGACCAACGGCUCUGGCGGCUGGUUCUCUGCACUAUCCCGCUCGCGCCAUCACGGCAACAACUGGGACAACACCUGCCACCACGGGGCCGCAGAUUGACGUGCAGCCGGUGAAGAAGAAGAAGAAUAAGAACCAGCUUGCGGCCGGCACGAACAACCAGAACUACGACUUGUCUGCGCAGGCGGAGGCGGACGACAAACAGCCACCGUACUUCGACUUUUUCGACGAGAUUGCCUCGUUCAUGAAGGUAUCAACUGUAAAAAUGUCUGGGUCUGGAAGAAUUCAUGUUUGUCAUGCUUGUCUGGUAUGACUCUUAAGUCUGUCAUGCACGUUACCCAAGACAGGUGCGUUCUUAUGUGAUCAUGCAGAAACGCAGUUUGUCAUGCAGAAAAAGCAACACCUAGAAACUUGUCAUGCUGAGCCAGCACCACUUGUGGCUUCAUCAUGAGACGCCACCCAGCAUCACAAGUUUCCAGACCCAGACAUUUUUACAUUUGAUAGAAGGUGCGCGAUUUGAAAGCUUUGAACGACGUGAUCACGGUGUCCGUACAGGCUAUGGCCUGCUCAAACGUUACAAUCUCAAACGUUACAAAAGAAUCUGGAAUUUGUGUUGCUUAUGACUAUGAGCAUGGCAGACUCGCAGACCACUCCACUUUCUGCAACACAAAUUUCGGCAGAUUGUAGUGCGGUUUGGGGCUCCGGAACUUGCCAUGCGCAGUCCUAUGAGACUUGGCUAGAUCAUGCACUCUUGCAUCACAGAUUUCCAUAUUCUAUUGUAACGCUUGAGAUUGUAACACCUGAGCAGGUUAUACAGGCAGCCGACAGUUUUUACACGAGUUCGCCCGAGUUUCUCCUUAACAAUUACGCCGGGUUCACCACCGCAACGGUACCAGUAACUUCAUCUCCACCGACCGCACAAAGUGAGCAAGUGCCGCUGCUAGACGGUGCUGCUGGAGCAGAUGAGGAUAGGUACUCCCACGACGAACCCACCCCCGGAACCGGAGACACUUCCGGCAGCCAUUUCGCCUUCCGCAGUGCGUUCCAUGUGCAGGUAAAACUAGACAUGAAGAUGGGGUGUUGAUCCUGUUGUACUUCAUUUUGGAAUAGUGCUUUGGUUGCGCUGCAACCCUAGGCCGGGCUUUUUUUUCAUGCGAAUUCAAUAUUCAAUUCCAAUUGCAAGCACAUCAACUACUUCCUUUUACAUUUCCCAGGUCGGGUUCGACUCCUGGCGGAAGCUUUUCGGCGAAAUCGGUUCGCAGAUUCACGAUGCCGUUUCCGAGCAGCUAAACGAGAUGUGGGACCAGUUCGAGGAACAGGUGGAUGUGAUUGAGGACAAGUUCGACGAUUUCACGGACGAAGUGCAAGAAAAAUUUGGGGACUUCGUGGAAAACGUCGGCGACGUGGUCGAAGCGGUGCAAGACAAGUUCGAAGACUUUGGCGACAAGGUGGAAGACAAACUUGAGGACAUGCAAGACCAAGUCGGAGACGCGAUGGACGACAUGGGAAGUAUCAAUCGAAAUUGCACUUAUUAGAGAAACGGAGGAAUUUUGUUGGAGCAGCAUGCGCGAUUUUGCAUUUUCAUGUUUUCACGCAUCGGGAAAAAUGAUGCACAGCACUCGUGCUUGUUUUGUAUCUGUAGUGAAGAUCUUGAUUUUUUUCGAUCCGCAGACAUGAUCGACGCAGAUGAAGUAACAAGUUUGCAUAUAGACCAUAUCCAUGCGAGUAACUCUGUACAACUUGCGCGCCGUAACAGGUUGAUCCUGUUUCGCAUACGCUUUUCUGCAUGAUAACCAGUGCCGUGGGUUCGAUGAAGGACAAGGUCAGCGAGAGUUGGAAAGCAGGCGUAGACAAGCUGGACGAUAUGAAGGACGCGGUAAGAGCAAGAAAAUUGGCAUGCGUAAUUGAUUGCGUAGUACGUGGACGAGGAAAACUUUAUUUUUACUGCACUCAUUGAUUUUGCUCAGAGUCAGAACGGCCAUAAAGAUAACGUCAACAACUUCCACGUCACCACCUUUGGCUAAUUAUCCGCUCACGUACAAAACCUCUACACAGGCUGGCGACAAGCUCCACAAUGCUACGAGCUGGUUCUCCGAGCACAUCCCAUUCUGGGGCGGCGGCGGCGGUGAUGAAGAUGAUGAGGAGAAGAAAGCGGAUGAGGAGGAAGACAAGCCCCCUGAAAUAGAACAAGAGCCGCAGCACCCGCCUUCGCAAGCCGCCCUUGUGGCGGCCGGGUACAGUCUUCCCGGCUUCGCCGGUUACCACCCGGUUUACACGCCGUCUGAUCCGCAGAAUCCCUAUCCUACCGGCGCCGCAGCGGCUCCACCUGUCGUAGUUCCUCCCCCGACCACUUUUUUGCAGCAGCCAAUUGCAGCGUCGUCCGCCUCUAGUACUGCGACCACUGCCGCCGUCCCGCGCAUUGUCCCUCCCGUGGCCAUGACGAAUCUCGGAAGGACGAAUCUGAACCUCCAGCAGGGCGUUGCGGCCCAGAUCCCCGGCAGUGCGGGCAGUGGGUUGCAGCUCCCGGGCAGCGCGCAGAGCAUUGCAAGCAGUGCCGGCGGAGGAUUUUCAGCAGGCCCCGUGGCAACUAAUUUCCAGCAGCAGCCGACAGCCGCAGCUCCGCGGACUACUCGGUACUAUGUUGUGAAUGGGCAGUACAUUCCGGCGGAACAGUACGAAGCACAACGCUCGGCCCGGGCUGCAACUGGACCUACUAUAAAGACGGUAGUGCAGCGGCAAACCUCGGGGCCGGCGUACCGUGUCGCUGGUGGUACCGCCUCUGGCGCGUCGACACCGGCCACCCGCCCGCCCAGCCAGGGCCAGUUGACUCCGGCAACGCUGCCGCCGGGGAGCGGGGUUGUGGUGCGGGGAGCGUAUCCUGCAGCAGGUGCUGGGGGAAGUGGUGCGGCACCGCAGUACUACUACAAUCCGAAUAAUGCGGCCCAAAGCACGACAAACGGUACGUAUGAUUAUCCUGCUUUAUACGUUCGUUAUCGAUUUCGAUUUAGGGUGUGGGAGUGGGACUCCCGCUAGUGCGUGAAGGCAACAUCGUCAGCACCCUGUUUGCUCGAGCCACCAGAAUGGAUGAGUGUUGUCUUCUGUUUCACGAUCAUUCUUGAAAAUUAGCACUUGCAACAGCAGGCCGCUCGUGCUUUUAUCCACACGACGAGAGUCACAGAAAUUCAAAUUCGCAACAGUGCCAAGCAUCUUACGAAUACAACAACAGCCCCUCCGCCGUUCUCAUCCAAUACACGGACAACAACACCAGCCGUUUUUUACGACGCGUACCAGCAACUACCAAGGCCGAUCACAACCUCGUCUCCUUCCACCGCAGCUGCUGGUACUAUCGGGGCAGCAAAUAACAAGCCGAUGCGGAUGAACAAGAGAAACAAGAAGAGGGUGACUCCGAGGGACCCCGAAAAUUCGAACGUCUUUUCCUACUUCAUCACCAACCCUAUGAAAAAUUUUCAGAGUGCUUUUUGGUCGUCGUCCAACGCAACAACUGGUGGACCACAAGGUGCAUCGUCUUCUAGUACAACGUUAUUUCAUCCACAACCACCGAAGACGAUUGAGCAGCAAGUGGCUGAGGAAGAAGAGGACGCAGAGGACGACGAAGAGGUGGAUGAGACCCGCAAGGAAAAACUGCAGAAGAAAAAGCCCGAGGAAAUCAAAGUAGUCGACUACUUGACCAUGCUUGACGACACACGACAGGACACCAAGCACGUGUUUGACAUCUUCUUCGUCGCGCACGCGCGCCUCUACUACCCGAAAAACUUCGACUUUGCGCAAGCCGCGACGGGGAGCAGUGCGAGUUGCACAACUGCUGAUGGAGGAGCUGCUGCAGCAGGUGGACUAGAACCGGCCGCCGGGGCUAAUAGCACGAGCAGCAGCUCCGCAUUGAAGCUGUUCCUGGAGAUAUGGAGAGAAAAAAGUUUGUCACAGUCAGUAAGUUGCAGGCUUUGCAUUACAAAUUUUUUUCGCAUCACAGCUUCUCCUUGUAUUGCAGAAACACUAGGGAAAUUCCUUAUGGAGUGUGGCUGUGAUGCAUUUUUACGCAUGACAGACAAUUUUGUCUUGCAAAAAUGCCCAUGAGUGAUCGUGACGAACUUUUUUCUUUUGAUAGGAGAUCUCCUCUUUCAAAGUGAACGACAUUCUGCUGGACGAUCACGCGUAUCAAAUGCAAAAAUGUCUGGGCCUGGAAGAAUGCAAGACUUGUCAUGCAGAUUUCUCAUGACCCAUGAUGCCUGUAAUGCUUGGCCUAGCAUCGCAGACUUUUAGAGAGCUUCCUGCUGAUGCACCUUCCGCAUGAGAAAUGGCCCGUCCGUGUAGCAAAAACUGCACCCCUCUUGCCGGUCAUGCAAUACAAAUUUUUUUAGAGUCCAAAAACAGCACGACAAGUUGCAACGUUCCAGACCUAGACAUUUUUGCAGUUGAUAACGCGUGGCUGCGUCCCGUGUGGCGCCGGGUGUACCCAAAGAUUGACGAGAUGCUCCAGGGAAUUGCGCAGACCGCCGUGCAGAAAUGGAUCCAGGAAAACCAGAGUAAAGCAAGCAUGAUCAACGCUCUGAUGCUAUGCAUUGCAACCGUCGUGUCUGCUGGGCUUUGGAGUAAAUUUGUCAUGCUGAUGCUACUUACCAGUAAUGAAGUACAAAGAAAUACAAGAGUCUACCUUGAUACAACGUGGGUAGCAAACGCUGUCAAAUUUUGGUCACCCGAAGAGGACGGCGGGACCCCGAUAAGUCAUAGCAAUGAUAAUUGCUAUGACUGCCUGCGCAAAUAA